UUGAAUCCUUCCUUCCUCUUCCUCUUUCCUGUUUUCCUUCCUUAAUAAAAUCCCUAAGUGCAGAAAGCUUAAGACCUUCCUCUCUCCACAUUCCUUCGUAAAAUCCCUAAAAUUUGAAGUGCAGAAAGCUUAACCCACCAGCUCGCCACCACUUUUCACUCUCAGCCACUGCACACUCGCCACCAUUGUUUUGUGGUUUUUAAGAGGAUACAGGGACAAACUAAGUCCCUCUUGACUGACACAAUACGAGGGAAGGAAGACAGAAAAGAGGAAAGAAGGAUUCAACGCGGAAGCCCAAAACAAAACCUACACUAGAGAACAGAUACUGACGCGUGCCCAGGACGAACCGCCGACCACCGGCUCGAGAGCCCAGCUUAAAACCGCUCUGAAGAUGAAGUAGACAGUCGUUUUAUUAAUCAUUGUUCUCCGUUUUGCUUCUAAUCGCUGACCCUCUUAUAUAUAUAUAUAUAUAUAUAUAUGUAUAUUUCUGAGUGGAAUUAUUAGACUGUGGAAGAAGAAGAAGAAAGAAGAAAAAUGCCGCUAUAUGAUUGUAUGCUUCUGCUGAAACCCCAUGUGAGGAAGGAGUCCAUGAUCGAGUUAGCAUCCAGAGUAGGCAAACAUGUUUACAAACGAAAUGGAGUUCUCACCGAGAUUAAGUCCUUUGGACAAGUUCAGUUGGGUUACGGUAUCAAGAAACUUGAUGGAAGAUAUUAUCAGGGCCAACUUAUGCAGAUGACUAUGAUGGCUACGCCCAACAUCAACAAAGAGCUGCAUUACCUGAACAAGGAAGAUCGUUUGCUGCGAUGGCUUCUUGUUAAACACCGUGAUGUAAAAUUUGGGUUGGACUUUCUUAGUGAAGAGGAUUCUAGAAAUGAACUCAGUAGAUUACCUCGAAGCAGCAUAUUUAAUUUUAAUGAGGAUGAUGAUGAUGAUGACGACGAAUAUGAUUCGGAUCAAGAAGGAAAACAGACUUGACAGUUAUUCUGUCAUAGCUGUUUGUUUUGCAUCAGGUUUCAUCUGUUGGUAUUUACUAUGUUGUUGGAUUGCUUGUAUGUUCUGUCACAGUAUUAGGUGACGAUAAGUGGUAUGGAAUUUUAGUGAAUUAGUACAUCAUUCUUUUAGAGCUGUUACCUGAAUGAUGGAUCUAGACUCCUUUAUUUCUUAGCCAGUUAACAGAAACAAAAGAUGAGCUUUGUCCAUUUGUUUUUAGGAUAAUUUUGUGGGUAUACGUGAGAAAAGUUCUUGGAAUUCCAAUUUUAUUUCAUCUCCUCAUUACAAAACAACUAAAAUAUCUUAUGAAUUGGGCAAGUUCUAGAGUUUGUAUU